CAAUGUGUGAGUUUAAAUUGGGACUCUUAUCUUAAUCAAAGGAAACCUGACCCCUGCGGGUUUGGGUCCCGCCCUGCUUGGCUCAGCCUGGGAUGUCCAGAGUUGAUUCACACUUGUCCCUGUCUCCAGACCAUCUUCCGUGAAAAGGGAUGACCCCUGCAUCCUUGGCAACUGCCUUUUCGAAGUUGCCAACACUGGCCCUAAAUUAUCAACACUGUAGCUUAAUGGGAAAGGCUGGGAAAGGCAGUGAAUUUCUGGAAAGCAAAUAGGAAGUAGUUUUUGUAAGCAGCCUGACACCGACGGGAGCAGCGAGACUAUAAGAAAGAAGUCUGGGCUGGGGAGAAGGCAGAAAGCCAGCAGAGUACAGAGGAGAUGGCCAACUGCCUAAAAGCCACUUGGAACCUGAGAUUCCAAGGAGCAGUCUUCACAGCUACCCAACUCCUCUGGUUUGCUGCCUUUAUCUCUGAGCUAACUAAUCAGAAGGAAGUGGCAGCAUGGACCUAUAAUUAUACCACAAAGACGUACUCAUGGAAUCAUUCCCGGAUGUUCUGUCAGAGGCACUACACAGACUUAGUGGCCAUCCAGAAUAAAAAUGAAAUCGCCUACCUCAAUGAAGUCAUACCCUACCACAGCUCGUACUACUGGAUUGGGAUCCGGAAGAUCAAUAAUACGUGGACCUGGGUGGGAACCAAAAAGCCCCUCACAGACGAGGCAGAGAACUGGGCCGACAAUGAACCCAACAACAAGGGGAACAACCAAGACUGCGUGGAGAUGUACAUCAAGCGGCAGGAUGCCGUUGGCAAGUGGAACGACGAGCCCUGCUCCAAAAGGAAGCGGGCCUUGUGCUACACAGCCUCCUGCCAGCCCACAUCUUGCAGCCAACAAGGGGAGUGCAUAGAGACCAUUGGGAACUACACCUGCUCCUGCUACCCAGGCUUCUACGGGCCGGAGUGUGAAUACGUUAACGAGUGUGGUGCAUUUGGUCUCCCUCCACACGUAUCCAUGAACUGCAACCACCCCCUGGGGAACUUCUCUUUCAACUCGGAGUGCACUUUCCACUGCACUGAAGGGUACGAGCUGGAUGGGCCCAGUGAGACAAAAUGUCUGGCUUCUGGAAUAUGGACAAAUAAGCCUCCACAGUGUGUAGCUGUGCAGUGUCAGCGCUUGGAAGCCCCUGGCAGUGGAACCAUGGACUGUGUACAUCCACUCGCCCCCUUUACAUAUGGCUCCAGCUGCAAGUUUAGGUGCCAACAUGGGUACCGAGUGAGGGGCUUGGACACACUCCGCUGUGUUGGCUCCGGCCAGUGGACCUCACCCUUGCCAACCUGUGAGGCCAUCACAUGCAGCCCUUUGGAGAGCCCCAUCCAUGGAGGAAUGGAGUGCUCACCCUCGUCAGCAGCAUUUCAGUACAACACCAGUUGCAGCUUCCAUUGUGCAGAGGGCUUCAUGCUAAGAGGAGCUGAUGUCCUUCAGUGUGGUGACCUGGGACAGUGGACAGCACCAGCCCCAAUCUGUCAAGCUUUGCAGUGCCAGGACUUCCUUACUCCAAGCAAGGUCCAGAUGAACUGCUCCCACCCCUUCGGCGCCUUUAGGUACGGGUCAGUCUGUGACUUCACCUGUGAUGAAGGCUCGCUCCUGGUGGGAGCAAGUACACUACAGUGCUUGGCUACAGGACAAUGGAGCGCUGCCCCUCCAGCAUGCCAAGCCACUCCCUGCACCCCCUUGCUAGGCCCUCAGAAUGGAAUGAUGAGCUGCAUCCAGCCUCUCGGGAGUUCUAGUUACAAAUCCACAUGCCACUUCGCCUGUGAUGAGGGGUUCUCUUUAUCUGGAUCAGAAAGAGUGGACUGCACUCCAUCUGGACACUGGACAGGCUCCCCACCAACGUGCACAGCCAUCAAGUGCCCAGAACUCUUUGCCCCACAGUGGGGCAGCCUGGAUUGUUCUCAUGCUUAUGGAGAAUUUAGCGUCGGCUCCAGCUGUCAUUUCUCCUGUGACAAGGGCUUUAAGUUAGACGGCUUGAACAAUACAGAAUGCACAGCUUCCGGAAGAUGGUCAGCACCUCUACCAACAUGUAAAGCUGUACGGUCAGCUCCUGCUCCUGUGGUGCGAUGCCCAGCCCUUGCCAUUCCUGGGCAGGGGACAAUGUUCUGCAGGCAUCACCUGGGAACCUUUGGUUUGAAUACCACCUGUUACUUUGGAUGCAAAGCUGGAUUCACACUCAUAGGAAACAAUGCUCUCAGAUGCAAAACUUCAGGACAAUGGACAGCAGUAACACCAGAAUGCAAAGCGAUCAAAUGCCCUGCACUGCACGUUAAUAAUCCACUAGUGAUGAACUGCUCUGAUCCCUGGGGAAAUUUCCGCUACGGCUCAGACUGCACUUUCCAUUGUCCAGAGGGUCAGCUACUUAAUGGUUCUACAAGAGCAACGUGCCAAGAUAAUGGCCACUGGUCAGCCACCACGCCUACCUGCCAAGAGGGGGCAUCGGCUAUCCAGCAAGCUCUGACUUACUUUGGUGGAGCAGUGGCUUCCACAACAGGUCUGGCCAUGGGUGGGACACUCCUGGCUCUGCUAAGAAAACGUCUCAGAAAAAAAGAUGAUGGAAAAUGCCCCUUGAGCCCUCACAGCCACCUAGGUACAUAUGGAGUUUUCACAAACACCGCAUUUGACCCAAACCCAUAAGAGACAUACCCUUUUCCUAGUCACCUCCUCCAGACUCUCAGGAUCCUGCUAAGGAACAUGGAACUUCCUGUUAGACUUGACUUCAGCUGUAGCACAUCUGUUACAGGUUUCUGUACAUAUUGUGGAUAAAGGACAAGGAUACUCCUUCAGAUUUGCUCUGGACCAGAGCGGAAGGACUGUGCCACAUUCUCGCCUCUCCACCCACCUUCUUCCUGCUCCUCCUCCCUUCUUCCUAAAACACCAGCCAGAGAAGCCAGAAGCAAAUGUUUUGACUGUGGUCUGUGGACUUCGACCUGGCUGUCCUGGAAAUACUAGUUAGUCAGAGACUGGAGCAUCUGAUUCACUAGAAAACCAGACUGAGGAGAAGUGAAAGGGAGAUGUCUCAUUAAUUUUGGAUUGAAAAAAAGUAGGCAUCUUCUACACUGUUGGAAGGCAGGAGCAUGUCUAACUUGAAAGAAUUCCUACAGGAUCUCCAGGAGUCUCCAGCGGUUGCUGUCUCUGAAGGCCCUUAAAACGCUGCUGAAGUUUCUAGAGGAGACUCUAGAUGGCGCCAGAGGGUACGAAAGAUACGUUACUGUGGAAUUUCUCCACCAAAGAACCCAGAGAUCAAUAUUUAAACCUACAAGUAAAGAGAUUUCCCACCAAAUAUCAUAUUCCUUUAUUUAUGUUCUGUUCAAUAAGGUCUCUGUAUAUCAUGUUGUUUACCGUCAAUGUAGUGCACAGUUACAGUUGUCCCAAUUACAGUUCGACUGUUCAAUGAGUUGGUAAAUACUAUCCACACCCCUGCUCCAUGAGAAAAUCAGAGGAGCAGAAAAAGUUUUCACCUUCAUGUUCUACAGAGCAGUACAGAUAUGUUUUACUGGUUAUUUAAAUCACAUGUUUAAUAAAUAUGUCACUGAAAACUA